GGCGGAACUAGGGGCGUGGCCGAAGGGGUGGGGUAUAUCAGGCGGGCCUCGGCGUCGGCCCCUCGCACUCGCGCGUUAGGAGGCUUGGGUGUGUGUGGCGCUGUCUUCCCGCCCGCGUCAGGGACCUGCCCGACUCAGCGGCUGCCAUGGCAUCAGAUGAAGGCAAGCUUUUCGUGGGAGGGCUGAGCUUCGACACCAAUGAGCAGGCGCUGGAGCAGGUCUUCUCCAAGUACGGGCAGAUCUCUGAAGUGGUGGUGGUGAAGGACAGGGAGACCCAGCGAUCCCGAGGCUUUGGGUUUGUCACCUUUGAGAACAUCGAUGACGCUAAAGAUGCCAUGAUGGCUAUGAAUGGGAAGUCUGUGGACGGACGGCAGAUCCGAGUUGACCAGGCCGGCAAGUCCUCUGACAACCGGGCCCGAGGAUAUCGGGGUGGCUCCGCUGGAGGCCGAGGCUUCUUCCGUGGGGGCCGCAGUCGGGGCCGUGGGUUCUCCAGAGGUGGAGGAGACCGAGGCUAUGGAGGUGGCCGCUUUGAGUCCCGGAGUGGGGGUUACGGAGGCUCCAGAGACUACUAUGCCAGCCGGAGUCAGGGUGGCAGCUAUGGUUACCGGAGCUCGGGCGGGUCCUACAGAGACAGCUACGACAGUUACGGUAAGUCUGGCUCCAUGGAGGCCACUCAGGUGGCCUGCAGUUGGGCUUGGUGAACCCUGGUGCCCUUGAGAGCAAGUUAGGUCACUCAGCCUGGGGUGCAGCUCCCAGAACGGCCGCACAGGACAGUGGCAGGUGCAUGGGACCCUGUGCCACCUCCGGUGCGGGCGGAGCCCUAGCUAAGUGACUUUACACUGUGCCGCUUCUGUCCUCAGCUACACACAACGAGUAAAAGCUCUGCGUCCAGAUCGUCCUUCCAUGCUGUAAUUAAGAUGGGGGAGCUUCGCUGAACGUUGUGUAGUGAGCACCUUGUCCCCUUUUGUAGUCCUCUCGUUGUGACAUCAGCAGCCCGCCUCUGACCAGAUGGCCUCGUGACCACACUUUUCUUUUUAAGCGUUAUAAAAAACGUUUUGGAAAGCACUUGAGAUUUUACUUUUUUUACCAUGAGCCAUGGGGUUUCUGUUUUUUUCUAAAUUGUCGGGGUUGUGUGGGUUUUUGGUUACUUGUUUUUGGUUUUUCGGGUUUUUCGGUUGUGUUGUUGUUUUCCUUUUUGUGUGGUCGCCAUGAAGCCUGGCGCCCCCUACUUCCUGAGAUGAAAAGGACUCAAUUUGAGCAAGCCAUGGCUCCCCAGCUCCGCUGCAGAGCGCAGCAGGUCCCGCCCAUCGGGCACAGGUCAUGGCCCGAGGGACGUGUGGCUGUCCAGGAGGCUGUGGAAGUGUUUAUUUAUAUUGUCCUUUUUUACCGAAGACAUGCAUACUCCAUCGAUGUUGUAUUCAGUGGCUGAGGAAUUCUUGUACGAAGUUUCUUUGGCUUCACGAAGCCGAUUAAAAGACCGUGUGAAACGAA